CACACACAUCCUCCAGCCCUCUCCUCCGCUCUACUGGAUGCUGGUGCGUUCCAGGAGCGCAUGAAGGACGCACGGGGCCGGGGCUUCCCUUCUCUCAGUCGCAUGGAUACGGGCCGAGGAGGGAGCGAGUCCGACCGGCAGCAGAAUCCAGCUUGACGGUCCCUGUGCGUCUGAACCCCCCGGGCAGGAGGAGGAGACACAUCCAGAUCCUCCAUCAUCUGACGGCCUCCCACCUCCCCUCCAGUCUCUGGGAUUGUGUUUAAUAUGCACACUCUCAACAGUGUGUAGCCUGCAGAGCCAGUGUGUGUGUGUGUGUGUGGGUGUGUGCGGGGGGGGAGGUGUUUAUAUAUGUGUGCAUACUUGACGUGAAGAGAUGGGUUCUGUGGGAGCAGAGCGCCGCAGGCCCACGCCGGCCCAGACGCCCGAAGAGAGGGAUGUGUGGCGGGAUGGAGGGAGAGCUGGAUGGAGGGAUGUGGGGAGGGAGGGCUGGAGGGAGGGGAGGGAGGGGAGGGAGGGGAGGGAGAGCGGCGUGGUGCAGAGCUACAGCUUCGACUCGUACCAGCUGGAGGAGGAGGAGAUCAGCAAAGACGCCCCCGAGCGAGGAGUCCUGGCUCUGUCCGAACCCGACUGUGAGGAGCCGAUCCCAGACGACCGGUACCAUGGCAUCUACUUCGCGAUGCUAUUGGCCGGAGUGGGUUUCCUGCUUCCCUACAACAGCUUCAUCACGGAUGUGGACUACCUGCACCAGAAGUUUAAAGGCACGUCCAUUGUGUUCGACAUGAGUCUCACAUACAUCAUCGUGGCUCUGAUGGCCGUGAUCCUGAACAACGUGCUGGUGGAGAGACUGAGCUUGCACACCAGAAUCACUGUGGGUUACAUCUUAGCUCUGGGGCCUCUGAUCUUUGUCAGCGUCUUUGACGUCUGGCUGGCAAAGUUCACCACCAGGCAGGCCUACAUCGUGAACCUGGUGUCCGUGGGGGUGGUGGCCUUCGGGUGUACAGUGCAGCAGUCCAGUUUCUAUGGUUACAUGGGGAUGCUGCCCAAGAGGUACACACAGGGAGUGAUGACUGGAGAGAGCACGGCCGGAGUGAUCAUCUCCCUGUCGCGCAUCUUCACCAAGCUGCUGAUCAAAGACGAGAGGAGGAACACGCUCAUCUUCUUCCUGGUCUCCAUCAGCAUGGAGAUGCUCUGCUUCCUGCUGCACCUGGUGGUACGGCGCUCCCGGUUUGUCCGCUACUACACCGACCACGCCCAGGGCAAAGGGCCGGGCAAAGGUCACGACCCUCGGGACAACGGGACGGGAUACAGGGUCCAUCAUGACGUCACUGCAGAGGAAGUAAGAUUUGGAAAUGGAGGGACAGCUCCGACCCCCACAGAGGACGGCGUUGAGGAAUUUGUGGGAGGAACCUAUGUGCGAUUUGAUGCCCCGAAGGCCAAGAUAAGGACGAGCUGGCCUGGAGUCCGGGACAUGAUCGUGCACCGGUACGUGGUGUCCCGUGUGAUCUGGGCCUACAUGCUGUCCAUCGCUGUGACCUACAGCAUCACCCUGUGCCUGUUCCCCGGCCUGGAGUCAGAGAUAAAGAACCAAGAGCUAGGGGAGUGGCUGCCCAUCCUCAUCAUGGCCACCUUCAACAUGGCCGACUUCGUGGGCAAGAUCCUCGCAGCGCUGCCGUACGACUGGUCCGGAGGCCGCCUGCUCUUCUUCUCCUGCCUCAGGGUGGUCUUCAUCCCUCUCUUCGUCAUGUGUGUGUACCCGGCCAGUGCGCCCAUCCUGUCCCACCCGGCCUGGCCCUGUCUCUUCUCCCUCCUCAUGGGAGUCACCAACGGAUACUUCGGGUCUGUGCCCAUGAUCCAGGCUGCGGGCAAAGUGCCGCCCGAGCAGAGGGAGCUGGCAGGAAACACCAUGACCGUCUCCUACAUGACCGGCCUGAUGGUGGGCUCCGCGGUGGCGUACGCCGCUUACAGCUUCACCGCGCCCGGAGCAGGAACACGCUUCUCCACGCUCAACGUGCACACGGCUGCCAACGCUACCGGCUACUGAAUGUCAUAUUAACACAUUAAGGCUGUAAACACACACCUACAUGUACACACUCACACACACAUGCCGACAUUAACAUUAAUCCUGGGGGGAGAAGCAGGACAGACGGAUUCUCCUUCCAUCCACAUCCUGCUUGGAUUCGGCUCAUUGGCUAAAUGAAGGUGGACGAAAGGACAAUGAGAGAAAUGUAGCGUCGCAGGAAAUGAUGUUAACCAGUGAAAUGUAGCAGAUUAGAGAAUUUGCUCGCUCGGUGAUCCAGUGACCUUCACAUGUUCUGCCAUGAUGAACUGCCCCCCCCCCCCGUUUGAUUUGGGUGAUGUGAUAAAAAUCUUCGUGCUUUACCGUCUAAAAACAAACUUCCUGCCCUGAGGGUGUUUGGCUCCACCAGCCAGACGGUUUCAGUCUCAUAUGAAAUCAAUGUGACCUUUGACCCCUGAAAUCAAAUCAGUUCAUCUUUGAGUCCAAGUUGGAACUGGUUCAAAUCCGAAGUGGAUCCCUAAAGGCAGAGAUUUGAUUUUAUGUUCCAGAGGCCAUACACAGGUUUUCUGAGCCCGCUUCACCUUCGACCUUUGAAAUCUGAUCCGUUGGAUAAUAACAAUUUUCACGAGGCAUAAAAUAGGUUUCAUGAUGUCACAGUUACCUUGACCUUUGACCUUCGACAUUCUAGUCAGGUCAUCUUAGAGUAAAACGCUGAAUGCUAGUCCCAGAUGAAAUGAAAUUCCCUAAAGGUUAAUCCUGAUGUUUCACAUUCACAAGAACAUGAGGUCACUGUGACCAUUGACCCUUGAACCCCCCCCCCCCCCCGAAAAAUGUCAAAUCAAUUCAUCUUUGAAUCCAACUGAACGUUCUGUAUAUUUCAUAUCCACGAGGAUGAGAAGGACAGAUGGAAAACCUGAGAACAGCCUCUGACCACCGGCUGUUUCCGACACGGAGACAUAAACAGUGACAUUAACAGACACACGCUCCUCAUAUGAAUGAAUGUAAACACUCCUGAGCUCAGGGUGAGUCAACAAAAGUGUUGUUAUAUUUUACAGGAAGAGAAAAACAUUAAGAAUUUGAUAUAAAAGACGUAUAUAGGACCGACGCCACUGAGACACAGAAUUAGAACAUGUAGAGUUCCAGUUAAUCAGACCUGAAGCUGUUGAAACCCUCUUGAUUUGUGGAGUUCUAAUUGACUCACGCUGAUGUAUCACCAAAAAAAUAUAAGAAAUGUGCUUAAAUCCUCCGUCUGCUUGUUUGUCUGAUCAGGAAUGAAGAAAGCUUCUGUUGUAUUUAUUUUCCUUAUCAUUCUUUUCAGCCUUAUGUUGUAUAUCUAUAAAAAAAAAACUGCUGUCAAAAUGAAUAACGGUAAAAUAAGAGGAAGCUGAUUUUCUGCCUCAUCCUGAGUCGAGAACAAGACGUUGGUAUAAAUCCUUCUUUCUGUCUUUGUCCCUCUGGACUGUGUCUGUGUUUAACGUCCACGUGAUGUGUGAAUCGGGGUGAAAAGACGAUUAGUGCCAAAAAGGUUUGCCUGUUUCUGAUCAGUGUUCGUAGCCGAGUAACGAGUGAAUGUCAAGUUGUACAUUUACAGAAUAAAAUGCACUGCAGGCGG